CACAACCUCAGAUAUAGUUAGUAUGAAAACGGCGGUGAAAGGCUGCGUACGGUAUAGUGAAAUUUUAUGUAAUCGAGUAUCUGGGAUUUGCCACAGCGGAGACAAUUCAUAGUGCACUGCAUCAUGGGACAGCGUCAUGGGAAACACAAAAAGACAUAUCGGCCUCCUCCGCCCAGUGUCAUUGAAAUCACCCAAAUACCCUCACAGCCGACAGAAACUGAAAGUGACCCCGUCGUCACAAGUGACGUCAGAAUAUCAGUGCAAAAGAGAGAAUUACCACCCUUGCCGAUACCAGAAACAAAACCCGUUCUGUAUCGCGCCCUCUUUGACUUUACGGCUAUCAGCAAUGAUGAUUUGUCGUUCAAGAAAGGCGACAGACUGGAAGUAGAGGACAGCAGCAGGCUCGAAAGCGAUUGGUGGAUAGCGACCAACAAAAGAUCCGGGAAACAUGGCUAUAUCCCGGGUAAUUAUGUGGCGAAGGAUAAUUCCCCGGAAUCUCAAGAAUGGUGGUUGGAUGUGAAGCGGGCAGAAGCUAACACUAAGUUGAUGCUGGCUUCCAUCAAAGUCGGAACAUUUCUGAUAAGACCGUCAUCCAACAAGUCGGCGUACGCCCUCUCAGUACGAAACGAAGGCUCACCGCUUGUGGCGCACUACGAAAUCAAACCACUGGAUGACGGCGGCUGGUUUAUCAGUCCCAGACACACUUUCCCGAGCAUAACCAGACUUGUGGAACACUACAAAGCCAAUGAAGACCUUUGUUGCAAGUUAACCACGCCCUGCCAUAAAGUACCGCCUCCAGUAAACAUACGUGAACUAGAGAUUGACAGGACGAAGGUUAAAAAACUGAACAGAAUUGGGACCGGACAUUAUGGAGAAGUUUUCAAAGCCAAGAUCCACAACAUUCACGUCGUUGCGGUCAAGACACUUAAAACUGGCACGAUGACGUCAGCAAACUUUCUGGAAGAAGCGCAGAAGAUGCACAAGUUACGUUACGCCAAACUCGUCACGCUGAUUGGAGUGUGCACGCUCAGCGAACCCAUCUACAUCAUCACAGAGUUCAUGGAAAAUGGGUCUCUUCUAGAAUUCAUGAGAGACUCGGACAACAAACAGUAUCUGAAGCUGCCUGCAAUUAUUAACAUCGCGGGACAGAUUUCAGAUGGUAUGGAUUUCCUGUCCAGCCAAAAUUACGUCCACCGAGAUCUACGUGCAGCCAACAUAUUAGUGGGAAGUGACCUGAACGUAAAGAUCGCCGACUUCGGACUUGCCAAAGUAAUCAGUGAAGACGCAAAACAAACCGUGCGUGGAGAAAUGAAGUUCCCAGUCAAAUGGACAGCACCGGAAGCUGCGCACAAAAAUGAAUUUUCGAUCAAAUCGGACGUCUGGUCAUUUGGUGUGCUCAUGUACGAGAUGAUCACAUUUGGACGAGUUCCAUAUGCGGGAAUGAGAAAUGCUGAGGUGAUGCAGAACGUAUACAAUGGCUACCGGAUGCCAAAGCCCACUGACUCCGCCAUUGUAUGUCCAGACUGGUACUACGAGACAAUGCUCAAAUGUUGGAAUGACAAUCCCGAAGCAAGACCAACCUUUGAACACCUCUAUAACACAUUUGUCGACGAAUGCGCUAAUGAGCCUAUAACUUAUAACGAAAACAAUUUCAGCUAAUAUUGCUGACCAAUGAAAACAACUGUCUUAUCAAGAGAAAGUGACUGAGAGAACUCAGUACCCAUGAUAAACUGUCACAAAACAUCUAGGACAAAACAGAUCGAAAACAGACGUUAACAAACGAAGAUAUUCAGGGAUAAAUGAUGAGAGAGAGAGAGAGAGAGAGAGAGAGAGAGAGAGAGAGAGAGAGAGAGAGAGAGAGAGAGAGAGAGAGAGAGAGAGAGAGAGAGAGAGAUACAGAGA